CAUUCCACAACUUAAUUACAAUAAGCUUGCUUGAAUUUCCUUUCUCCCUCCUCCUUUCUUUCCUUUAUAUAUCCUUUCUAACACCAUUUGAUCUUGCUUCAACAUUGCAUACAUUGCUACCAAAGGAUUAAUAAAAUAAGAAAACGAAAUGCAAGCACUUCUUACAGUUCCAACCCCUGUUCCAGAAUUUAAUACAUCAAUUCUUAAACAUGAACAUAACAUACCAACCCAAUUUAUAUGGCCAGAUGAUGAAAAGCCAGGCUCUCAAACUCCUCCAGAGCUUCAAGUUCCUCCCAUUGAUCUAGGUGGGUUUCUCUCUGGAGACCCAGUUGCAGUAUCUAAUUCUACUAGACUUGCCAAUGAAGCAUGCAAGAAGCAUGGAUUCUUCUUGGUUUUCAAUCAUGGCGUCGAUUCGAAGCUCUUAGCGAAAGCUCAUGAAGCCAUGGACGUCUUCUUCGAACAGCCGUUUUCUCAGAAACAGAGAGCUCUGAGAAAACAGGGUGAUCAUUGUGGUUAUGCUAGUAGUUUUGUUGGUAGAUUUGCCACAAAACUCCCAUGGAAAGAGACACUUUCCUUUCCAUAUUCUGCUGAUCAUAAGUCCUCAAAUAUGGUUGAAGAUUAUUUCUUCAACAAAAUGGGGAGUGAGUUUCAAGAAUUUGGGAAGGUAUAUCAAGAAUAUUGUAAGGCUAUGAGCAACUUGUCUCUUGGGAUCAUGGAGCUCUUGGGAAUGAGUUUAGGAGUUGAAAGAAGCCAUUUCAGAGAUUUUUUUGAAGAAAAUGAGUCAAUCAUGAGAUUAAACUAUUACCCACCAUGUCUAAAACCUGAUUUAACUCUUGGCACAGGGCCUCAUUGUGAUCCCACAUCACUCACUAUUCUUCAUCAGGAUCAUGUAGGAGGCCUUGAAGUGUUCGUAGACCAAAAAUGGUACUCCAUCCGUCCCAAUUCCGAAGCAUUUGUCGUCAACAUUGGUGAUACCUUCAUGGCUUUGUCAAAUGGAAUAUACAAGAGUUGCCUACACAGGGCAGUGGUAAAUAGUGAAACACCAAGAAAAUCACUAGCAUUCUUUUUAUGUCCAAGGGGAGACAAAGUGAUUAGCCCACCAAAUGAAUUGAUGGAAGACUUGAAGUCUCUAAGGGUAUAUCCGGACUUUACAUGGCAACUUUUUCUAGAAUUUACACAAAAACAUUAUAGGGCAGACAUGAAAACUCUAGAUACUUUUACAAAGUGGCUUCAAAACAGAAGAGAGCAAUAAGAGUUAUCUAUCUAAUACAGCAGAAGAUUGUUUAAGCCACUAGAGAUGGUUAUUGGUAAUUGGUAAUUGGUAAUUGGUAAAGAAGAGAGGAGAUCAGAUGUGAUGCAUUGCGACAAGACAACUUAAGUUCAAACAAAAAGGGAGCAAAGCUUAACUAGUUUGGAUUUUCUGUUUUCAUGGUCCUACAACAAUAUUUCAGAGAAUCUUGUAAUGUAUUGUAAACCUAUCAAGUAAAAGGUUUAUAUUUUUUUCAAGGAAUAAAGUGUUGAUUAAUUGCUUUUUACAUCUCAAUCUUUAAAUUUAUUAUUACUUCUAUCUUUCUAAAGUUAAUGUACUACUAUUAAUUUA